AUGGUCUCUUUGCUGAAACGGAUCGUCGGCGAUACUCCAGAGCGCGCCGCCGAGAAACUGAGCGGACAACUGGUGCCGCAGGUAAACGCGCUGGAAGACUAUAUGCGCAGUCUGGACGGCGCGGGCCUGAGCGCCAAAACCGUCGAGUUCCGCCGCCGGCUGUCGGCUGGGGAAACGCUGGCCGACCUGUUGCCCGAAGCCUUCGCCGUGGGGCGGGAGGCGGCCCGCCGCACCCUGGGCCAGCGCCACUAUGACGUACAGCUCAUCGGUGGGGCGGUGCUCAACGACGGCAAGAUUGCCGAGAUGAAAACUGGCGAGGGCAAAACCCUCGUUGCAACCCUGCCGGCCUACCUGAACGCCCUUACCGGCGACGGCGUGCACAUCGUUACCGUCAACGACUACCUGGCUCGCCGCGAUCCGGUGUGGAUGGGACCUAUCUUCCAUCUGCUGGGCCUGUCGGUGGGUUGCCUGCAGCACGACGCCGCUUAUAUCUAUGACCCAGAACUCACCAACGUGGGCAAGGGUGGCUUCCAGUUCCUGGCUCCGGCGCACCGAUCCGAGGCUUACCAGGCCGAUGUGCUCUACGGCACCAACAACGAAUUUGGUUUCGACUACCUGCGCGACAACAUGGCUCUCAGCGUGGACGGGCAGGUUCAACGGGGCCGUCGUCAUUUCGCCAUCGUUGACGAGGUUGACAACAUCCUGAUUGACGAAGCCCGCACGCCGCUCAUUAUCAGUGGGCCGGCCCAACAACCGGUGGAGCACUACUACACCUUCGCCCGGCUCGCUCCUCGAUUGCAGUUGUAUGAUGACUAUGAAAUCGACGAACGCUCGCAGGCCAUCUCGCUGACCCAGGAGGGCAUCGGCAAGAUGGAGCGCUGGACGCGGGUGGAUAAUCUAUACGACACCGAGAACUUCCAUCUGGUUCAAUACAUUGAAAACGCGCUGGUGGCUCAGGUUCAGAAGGUCAAGGAUAAAGACUACGUGGUCCAGACCGGCGAGGUCGUCAUCGUUGAUGAGUUUACCGGCCGUCUGCAGUCCGGUCGCCGCUGGUCUGACGGGCUGCAUCAGGCGGUGGAGGCCAAAGAGGGCUGCAAGAUUCAGCGGGAGAGCGUUACCUACGCCACCAUCACCCUGCAAAACUACUUCAGGAUGUAUCAGAAGCUAUCCGGCAUGACCGGUACCGCUGUGACCGAAGCUGACGAGUUCUACAAGAUUUACGGGCUGGAAGUGGUGGCGGUGCCGACCAACCUGCCCAUGGUGCGCGCCGAAUCCACUGACCUGAUUUUUCCCACCGCCGAAGGCAAGUGGCGCUCCGUGGUGGAGAGCAUCGCCACCCGCUCCCAGUCGGGGCAACCAGUGCUGGUGGGCACAACCUCCAUUGAAACGUCGGAAGAGCUGAGCGAACGGCUCCGCAAGCGCGGUGUCGAACAUCAGGUGCUCAACGCCCGCAACCACGAGCACGAGGCAACCAUCGUGGCGCAGGCCGGACGGGCCGGUUCCGUUACCGUGUCCACCAACAUGGCGGGGCGCGGCACCGACAUCGUGCUGGGCGGCUCCGAUACCGACCGGGAAGGUUGGCAGGACGAGCAUCAGCAGGUGGUCAAUUUGGGCGGCCUGCACGUCAUUGGCACCGAGCACCACGAAGCACGGCGCGUGGACAACCAGCUGCGUGGUCGCGCCGGCCGUCAGGGCGACCCCGGCAGCAGCCAGUUCUUCGUCGCGCUGGAAGACGAGCUGAUGCAACGCUUCGGCGGCGAUCGCAUCAAGAAUGUGAUGAGCUGGACUGGCCUCAAGGAUGACGAACCGCUGGAGAACAAGAUCAUCACCAAGUCCAUCAGCAGCGCACAGGUGAAGGUUGAGGGUUACCACUUCGAUGUGCGCAAGCACUUGCUGAACUUUGACGACGUGCUCAACCAGCAACGGGAAGUUAUCUACACUCAGCGUUCCCGUAUCCUGGCCGGCGAAGGUCUGCGCGAGCGCUUGCUGGAGAUGCUGCGCACCGAAUUCGAGCAACUGACGGCCAACCAUCUUCAGUCUCGCCACGCCGACGACUGGAACGCAGACGGGCUGCUGGCAUCAUUGGGUCAGAUUUGCCCCCUGCCGACCGAGAUCGACACGGCGGACAAAAAUGUUGCAGCGAAAGAGCGAGACCUCGGCACGGAGCAGAUGCAGACCCUGCUGCGCCUGCUACUGCUGAAGUCGAUCGACACCCACUGGGUGAAUCACCUCACCAACAUGGAAAACCUGCGCACCGGCGUGGGUCUGCACGCCGUCGGUCAGCGCGAUCCGCUGGCCGUGUAUCGCUCGGAAGGCCAGCGCGCCUUCGCGGAACUAACCCGGCAGAUGCAACGGGAAGUUACCCACACCCUGUUCCACGUUACGCUGUCGCCCGAGGCUCCAGGUCAGGGCAACUCGGCAAACGGCGAUGCGGCGGGUUCCGGUAACGGGCCGCAAAACAACGGCGCCAGCCGCAGUGGUCGGCGACGGGAUGCGCUGCGCACACCGGUCAGCCCAAUGGCGGCGGUGAACGGUAGUCGCACCGUCAAUGCUCCGCGCGGCGGCCGCAAGAUAGGUCGCAACGCCCCGUGUCCCUGCGGCAGCGGACGCAAGUACAAACGUUGCUGCGGCGCGAACGUCUAA